GCGGAGAGGUAGUCUCGCGUCUGGUGGUCUCUGCGUGCGUCACGUCGCGAAACUGCGGAGUGUGUGACUGCGUCCUCGCGAAGGAUCAAUCGGGUAAAGGAUCUCAUUAGACGGAACAGCCGUUCGUCUGCGAAAUGUACGCGUGAAAUGUCGCUGGACGUGCGCCGCGCGGCUUUCUCCCGACGAAGGGCAUUCUCUGGUUAGCGCGCGAUGUGCGAGGUAUCGAAGAGCCAACGCAGGACGUUCCGAGACCAGGACCCACCGCGAAUAUGCAACAAGAGCGCGGAGAACCUGCUGCGAGACGAACUCGAAUUCUCGCGCUCGACCCCGAGCUCGCCGACGACCCUCCAGCGCGCCGCCAGCCUCGAGAAGUGCUUCAGCGAGCCUGAGUUCUUUCAGAAGCAGCGCGAGCUGCUCUCGAAACAUGAGCAACGGUCGAAGGACGACGACGGUGAGGAAAGUGUCAUUCCUGGCUCCGCACGUGUGGACGACGAUUCCGGGAGUACGGCCGCGAGCAUCAAGAAUCUCCCGAAGGAAUUCUCCGCCAAAGUGCCUUCCCCUUGCGAGCAGGCGAGCGAGGUGGUUACUAACGGUCUCAAGUGCAACUCGGACGACGUCGACGGUUUGACAAACGGAAGAAAAAUGGCACCGGUUCUGGGCGUACCGCCUCCACCACCACCAGCUCCUCACAUGGGACCAGAUGGUCUGAUCUUACCGAAAAAACCAUAUAACCCUUGCCUUAUCUCCACUAAUCAUAAGGACCUUCACAGGGAAUUACUCUUCAACCAAAAAAUCGGCAAGAACGUCUUGAACCAGAAAAGUGAGCUGCAACGUGCUCUGGAGAAACAGAGAGAAGCUGCGUCGAGGAAGGAAGCUGAGAGGAUCCGUGAGGAAAGCUACAAAGACGAUCCCAGGACUGCCUUGCAAAGAGCAAUCGAGCAGAGAGCAAGAUACAUUCAACUAACGGAGCAAUCGCGAGCGACGACGGAGCCGCCGAGCAACCUUCUGAUAACGGCGAGAGCAAAGCUGAGGCCGCGCACCGAGUCUCAGUGAAGUCGGCGAAGAUCGAAGGUCGUGCAAACCGAUGUCGCGCCUGGAUGAAGAGGACGAUCCGCUCGAAUGGGCGGUUCAGAAUUUCACCCUUCAGCGCCUUAUCGAUUGCAAUCAGUGUACAUAUGUAUAACCCGAUAAGAUUUCCUUGACACAAGGGUUAUUAACGGCGUCAUUUGGCGCGUCGGAAGACGUGUGUUGUAACAGGCGUUAGAUCUUAAUAUUAGGCGUUAAGAUAACACGAUGGAACGUAACGAGCGCGCAUUUGAUUGCUAUCGCGAACAGGAUCGCUGGGGAUCUAUCUCGAGAAACAUUUCGUGGAUGUUUAACGCGUCACAUCGCCGCGCCAAUCCGUCGUAAAAUCAUUCCCAAACAACACAAAGAACCAAAAUGACAUUCGUGUCUUGAAAAUUAAAGACUAUCUUUAUGACGCGUCAGUUUAGACGCCGUAAAUUAUAGUGUCGUGUGCGUAUUGCCCCGGAUCAAGCGGCACACAAGUGGUUCUCAUAAAACGCAUAUCGGGUAUCUCAAUGUACAAUACAAUCAACAACCAACCACGUGUCUUCGUUUAAUAGUAGAUCAGUCGAGCUUAGUAUGCGUUUGAUGACCAAUUAGUAUGUCAACACGAUAACGUUAUUAUAUGCGGUAAUCCAAUUAUAUUGUACGUGCUAACGUUGACUCGGAUACAAUAAUUGACGUAUUUUUUCUUACGAGGACGGAGAUUUCGUCGCGAAGGCAUCAGCGACGGAAUAGUACAGUAGGACAGAUCGACAAUAGAUAGUAGUUGUAGAUUAACGGCGAGAUAACGCGAAAGAAUUUAAUUGUGGAUGAUGUUUGCCGAUUAUUGAAAUGGGAAAUUGUCUCUGCUCUGAACCUUUGAUCUUAAAUGAUAUUAAAUUUUUUUUAAUUUGAGAAUAUUCAAAUUGUUAUAAAAAUCACCAGUGGCAGAUAUUUGCAAGGAUUCGCUCUCGAAACAUUUGUCUACGUACUGAUAAUAAAAUCUAUCGUUUCGUUACAGACAAAAUGAUAUUUGUUUUGCGCCGUGUUUAGGAUUAAUUGUUCGAGCACGAAUCAUGAAUCGCGAAUGCCCGGAUAUCCGCGAAACGUAUCCACGUCUGUGUAAGAGUUCUCUUCGUGUCGAAGGCGAGAAUCCUUUCCCUUCUCUCCAGAAAAUCACGACGAUGUUUUCCAUGAUCUUCAACGCGAUUUCGGGCACGUAGAUAGAAUGUAUUUUGUACGAAGCUUAGAUGGUGGCAUUACUUCGUUUUCAUUUUCUUACAUCAUGAAAUAAAUAAACUCAUUCACGAUAAAUACAGAAACAAUUCCGUAAAGUUAACGUGAAACUAAUCACAUGAUUCAUUGUUAAAAUUAUCGAUUUGACGUGAUGACUUCUGGACACAGUGAACAGCUAUGAACAGAUCAACUGAAGAUUAACAUUACUUUUAGGUAAUCUCUGAGAAUUGAACGACAAAAUUAUAUCGUUACGAUUAUAUGAAAGUGAUGCCACUUGAAAGUAAAAGUAGUUUCCGCUAGGAGACAAGAGACGAAUAAAGUCAGGACUCCGCGGGACCAUGUGUUCUUGUACUUCGUUACACGGCAGUAAGACAAAUUUGACAUCUGCCUUGCAUAGUAGCAAUUAUUAAUCGUAUUUAAGUAUCGAUAUUAAAUUUAACUAUAUUUUGUGGCUCAUUACAUUUGACAAAUCUUACAAAGAUGCGCAGCAUCAUUAGAUCGAAAAUAAUAUAAACCGUUAAGUUUGUUACAACUUUAAUUUAUCAAGCGAUUCACACAAAGCUCUUAUAAUAUAUAACUCACAUUUAAGAAAAUAUACCCGUAUAUCCAAUCAAUAGAGAAGCCACAAACGGAAGAUACUUUCGUUUUCUUUUUGUACAGUUAUAUGUACACGUGUAUGUAUAUGCUAAUUUACUUUUGUCAUAUUUAGUUUAACAUAAAUUUAAUCAAGAUAUUCAGGAUCUUGAGAGAGAUCGUCACAAUGAUAAAAUCUCGGAUUCCAAAUAUAUUUUAUUCAACAUUAAACAUCAACCCCGUCAUUUCCAUUCCAACGUGUAAGGAAUCAGUAAUAAAGUGGAUAAAAAAA